GAAUCUUUGGUUUUGUUCUCGUCUUCCUCAUCUGGCGGCUGCGAGGUUCUGGAGACGCUGUGAGCCGUCUUCAACUCUCCCAGGCGGCUUUUCUUAUUUUCUCAGGUUCUCCGUCAUGUUCGGUCGUAGUUUUCUCGUGGUCGGAGCCCUGCUCUCGUUGGCCACACCUCUCUCGGUCGCCGUGGAGACGUGUCCGGCCAGAGGGAUGCCUGGGAUGCCAGGUAUUCCCGGGCUUCCUGGCAGAGACGGCCGGGAUGGAGAGAAGGGAGAGAAAGGAGAGCCAGGAGCUCUGGGGAGUCAAACCUCCGGGCCUGGGAGAGGUGCACCGGGCGACCCGGGCCAGCUGGGAUACCCCGGGAAACGAGGCCAGAGCGGAGAACCCGGGGAACCAGGAACGUGGGGAUUCAUUGGAGCUCCAGGAGACACCGGGGAACACGGGACCGCCGGGGUCCAGCAGCAGGUGGCCUUCAGCGUGGCGAGGGGAACCAGCGAGUACCCGGACAGAAACAGCGUUAUCCGCUUCACCAAAGUCAUCACCAACAUCGACGGCGGCUACGACACCAACACCGGACGCUUCAGGUGUCGGGUCCCGGGGACGUACUACUUCGUCUUCCACGCAUCGUUGGAGGACAGACUCUGCGUGCUGAUGAAGCGCGACAGCUCGCUGGUGAUGUCCUUCUGCGACCACCGGCACCACAAGAGACAGGUAACUUCAGGUGGGCUGGCCGUCUACCUGUCGAAAGAGCAGGAGGUGUGGCUGGAGACAAAAGACUACAAAGGAAUGACGGGGAAGCCCAACGGCUACAGCGUCUUCUCCGGGUUCCUGCUGCACUCGCACUAACAAAACAACCUUCUUCCCUUCCUGUCUCAGGUGUCUUUCACUUUUACAAUUAACAUUUUGGUCACAGUUUGAGGUUGUUGCAUUUUAUUUGAACUGCCUGCAAAUUCUCUCUUGUUAAAUGAAAAUCUGGAUCUUUACUUGGAGGUGGGAGAAAUGUAAAUGAGAAAUUCGUUGAGGUCCAAGCGGGUUCACAGAAAUCACAAACGUACCAAAUUCCAAAUGUUAAUCUCGGCCCACUCGUCACCUCUGAUUGGAGAAAUUUGUUCUGCCACGGAGACGUCUACUGACUUGUACCAAGAUUUUUGAUCAUUACAUCGCAAAAGUAACUUCUGGACAUGCCCACAAACUUUAUUGUCAAGCAGCUUAGAAACAUAUUGUUCGAUCAAAGUUCUGUUAAGAAUUUUCCUCAAUUGUGACAAUUAUUGUGAAACUCGGACGGACAACUUCAGACUAUUUUAUUGUUCUUUUUACUUUUUUUCAAAUGUCAAGAAAAAUAUUUCCAAGAAAAUGUUCAAACGGUCGGGAAUGACGAGAUGCAACCCUUCUGGUUCGAGCGCCCCCUACUGUUUAUCACGACUGAAACGUAAACAUAGGAAAUUUCAUAUUUGUAAUCUUAACUUGUUCAUAUAGUAUUGACAUUAUUUAAAUUUACAAAUAUAUUGCACUUCCAAAGAAGACACAGGUUGAAGAUUAUCUUUAGGCCACACCCACAAAUUUUAUUGACAUGUGACUUUAAAACAGAUGGUCAUUUUUUAACUAUUUCAGCGCAUAAAAGUUAAUAAUGUGUAUUCUGCUCAGCAGGAGAUGUAUUUGAAAUGUAUUUGAACUGAUCAACACAAUAAACUACAAAAAGAGAUUAAAAAAAA